UAACGCCCAUAACGCUUAAAUCUGUUUACCGCCACAUAACCAUAUAUUGAGAUCGCGGGUAGGUAGCGCAUUGCUAUCUCGCAUUGCUGCUUGCACAUCUCCAUUUCCCCUUUGUCCCUUUAGCUGAGUAACGGGUAUCUGAUAGUCGAAAUAAACGCAAUAGUCGAAUGCGUCAACUUUGAUAUACCCGCUACUCUCUUGACCAACUUAAUACCUACUUGACCAAAUAAAUAUAAAUUCAAUCGAAUUGUUUUCACUUUUGCCAACACUUUUAUCUACAGACUAUGUCGUUACUGACCAUGUACUUGCCCAUAUACGCUCGUUUAAAGGUAAUAACUUUAAAAGUUGCCGAUAGAGAAAUAAAAUAAAAGCGAACGGUCGGAUGUACAAACAGACACACGAACAUGUGAUGAUCCUCUCGGCUAGUGAUUAUAAUCUAGAAUAUGUAUACUCUACAGGGUUAUAUACCUGCAUAACUCUCGUUUGCGAUAUCGCUAAGGAACUUUUGGUCCACUGGGAAGGUUUGCCAUUUCAUCAUGGACAGAUAUAUUAUCCAACGAGACGAAAUAAUUAAAACUUACUACCGAAAUUAAGAGUCAGUGGCCUCAACUUUAUGGAUAAGGCUAAUUUUUGGCCGAAUAGCAAGGUUUUUGGUCAGGCAGCAAUUUACACGUACUCCAUGAGUCACCAUUGCAUCCCGCAAAAAUUGCGGUUUGGCACGAAUUGGAUGACACGGAUGGACUUGGGCAAUAUUUGGUGCCAAUAGGAAGGCGCCACAAGCCACUCAGCGAUAUCACAAUAGAUUUAUUAAAAACCAAGUUUGGUGAACGUGUUAUGUCAGGAAAUGGCCAGUAAUUCGUCGCCUCGGUCUUGCGUCAUGUCUAUGGUGUAUGCCAACAAUCCAGCGACGAUUGAUGAACUUCUUACGAAUAUGAAACCUGAACUUUUGGGAGUAUCGGCCGAUUUAUGCUUAAAAAUUGUCGAAAAUUGAGUUCAGCGCCAGGACUUUUGCAAGCAUGCCCGUGGUGGCCAUGCAAAGGAAAUCAUACACAGUAGCAUCGAAUGUACUUCCACAGAAAUAAGAAAUUUCAUGGCAUUACGACCAGAAAGAUCUCCAACGAGCUCUCCAUUGGGGAACCACAGGACUCCACCUCCACCAGCUACUUGGCAGCUAAAGCGGAGAUGGAAGACACGCUGGCUUUUAUAGAGAAGAGGAAUAAAGAGCGCCCGCUAAGGGACAGCUGGAGAAGGAUUCUUUGUACUGGGUUUAUUGCCAAACGGAAAACAAAUCAAUUGGAGCAACUCAAAAUAGAAAAUUUGAAAUCAGGCAUUUUGUAAGUUCAGUCAGAAGUUUGCAACGCAGUGAAGGAGACGUUUCCGACCCUAUAAAGUAUAUAUAUUAUUGAUCAGCAUCACUAGAUGAGUCGAUCUAGCCAUGUCCGUCUGGUUGCUA